CCACUACCAGGGCUUAAACACCAUCGGCCAUUCUCACAUAAUGAUCGAUUUACACAUGGGCUUAAAAGCCCAAGACACAACUCGCUAAAACAAACCCGGGGUACCAGGGUGAUCAAUUCACUCGGACAAACAGUCGAAUGGGGGGAGCUUGUAUCUGUGAACGCUUGGAUCGUGCUCUUUGCUCCCAUCCUUGGAUCGACCGUUUCCCGGACACCUUUGUAAAGCAUUUUACGGACCAGGGUUCGGACGAUCGUGCUCUCCUCCUUUCAGACAAGGCCUAUACUCGAAACAGCCGGCCCCUCUUCCGAUUUGAUGCCCGUUGGGCUGAUAAUCCUGAAGUUAGGGCUAUGGUUAAUUAUGUUUGGCAGGAGGAAGUCCAAGGGACCCCCAUGUUUCGCCUUUGGGAGCGACUCAAACGGCUUCGCCACCUGCUCUAUGAUUGGGUUAGGGCGGGCACUACAAACUCCCUUCGGAAUAUCAAAACCCUCCAGGCGGAGAUUGAACGGGUCAAGUUGAUACAUCCAAUUGAUUGGAAUGCGGUUAGAACUCUCGAGAUUGAGCUUAAUCGUCAAUGGGAAGCAGAGGAAAUAUACUGGCAACAAAAAUCCAAGGUCCGAUGGUUGAAGAAGGGGGAUCAAAACUCCUCCUAUUUCCAUACGGUUACUCGUGCUAGGAGAAAGUGGAAUUUUGUUGCUGGUCUCCGUAGUGAUACUGGUGAGUGUGUCACUGAGGAGCCUGGUAAAGCAGCCAUUGCCACGGAUUUUUACCAAUCACUCUUCACCUCCGAACACCAAGUCCCUAAUAUGGCGGAGCGAGUCGACAAUCUCCCCAUUUCGCACAGUAUUACACCUGCAAUGAACGCUGCCUUAACAGCCAAAGUCUUACCCAAUGAAGUCCGGCAAACCGUGUUCUCCAUGGGAUCUAAACAAGCCCCGAGAUCUGAUGGAUUUACGGGGAAAUUCUUUAAGGCUUUCUGGGAUGUUGUUGGGGAUUCGGUGAUUGCAGCAUUCGUUUCCUUCUUUGAGACGAGUCGGAUGCUCAAAAGUUUAAAUCACACUUGGCUCACCUUAAUUCCCAAAGUGGAUGAUGUGGAGACUAUGCGACAAUUACGCCCAAUCAGUUUGUGCCAAUUUGUUUACAAAAUUAUGACCAAAAUCAUGGCUGAAAGGCUCGCGAGCUUCCUGACUCAUAUCAUCUCGGAGGGACAAAAUGGUUUUAUCCGUGAUAGGCAGAUAAUUGAUAAUAUCCUCCUUGGGCAUGAGUUGAUGCACUACCUGAAAGUCAAAACACGAGGUAAGAAAGGAUACAUGGCUCUAAAGGUUGACAUGGAAAAGGCCUAUGAUAGAGUCGAAUGGUCCUUUCUCCUCGCAGUUAUGAACAAGAUGGGUUUUAGCUCUGUUUGGCAAGGUUGGAUUCUUGAGUGCCUUCGUUCAUCCUCUUUCUCUGUGCUUAUGAAUGGUACCCCGUCCAGUUAUUUUAAACCGUCUAGGGGGCUCAGACAGGGGGAUCCGUUGUCCCCCCUGUUAUUUGUUAUAUGCACUGAAGGGUUUACGGCUCUCUUGAGAAAGGCAAUUACGGAAAAUAAGCUUCAGAGAGUUAAAGUGGCUCCUCGUGCCCCCAGAAUCUCUCACUUGUUCUUCGCUGAUGAUUCUUAUUUGUUUCUAAGGGGAACUCUUCAGGAAUGUGAGAAUCUGAUUGUGGUUUUGAAUGAGUAUGAGGAAUUGAGCGGUCAACGAGUGAACCUGGAAAAAUCGGCAGUUUGCUUCAACAAAAACAUUGUGCUGCCUGAUCAGGAAUUCCUGGCUACCAUUCUGGGGGUUGGAGCAGUGGGCGUCCAUGAUAAAUAUCUAGGACUUCCCACGCUGUUUGCUCGGUCGAAAAUGGCUACGUUUCGGUACUUGGAGGAGAAAUUAUUGGAGAGGUUACAAGGUUGGAAGCAGAAAAUGCUAUCUUAGGCGGCCAAGGAGACCCUCAUCAAAUCUAUUGCUUUGGCUCUACCCCUGCAUGUCAUGUCUUGCUUCAGAUUGCCUCUUUCAUUGUGCCGUCUCCUAGACAAACAUGUGGCUCGUUUCUGGUGGGGGGCGGCUGAGGGACAUGUGAAGAUUCGCUGGGUCUCCUGGCGUCAUAUGUGCAGAAGCAAGCAUGAUGGGGGGAUGGGGUUUCGUCGGUUUGAGCAGUUUAAUCAGGCUCUAUUAGCCAAAAUUGGAUGGCGUAUCCUUACUGACCCCCAAUCUCUUCUGGACCAAGUGUACAAAGGGAAGUACUUCUCCAAUGGGACCUUUCUCGAUGCUACAUCCCGAUCCCGGCCUUCCUAGGGGGUGGCAGAGUAUCCUCUUUGAGAGCCAGUUGUUGGAAAAGGGUUUAAGAUGGCAUAUCGGGAAUGGCCAAUCGGCUUCUCUGUUAAAGUCCAACUGGAUCCCCCAGUUUUAGAUGGACCCCCUGCAGUAUAACCCCUGUAUUUUUCCUGAAGAGGGAGCUGAGGUUAUUUGUCCUGGGGAAGGUCGUUGGUGCGAUCACAAACUUGCUCAGUGGUUUGACCCUCCUACUUGUAGAGCAAUUAAAACUAUUCCUCUCCCACGUCUGAAUAUGGAUGAUAGGUUGAUCUGGCAUGAGACAGCGGAUGGGUUAUUCUCGGUCAAAUAUGCCUAUCACCUGGUUGUUACCCUUGAUAAGCGGAGGGGUGGUUGGAAAUCUUCUGUCAGCUGGAUGGAUAAAGCGAGUUGGAUUCG